AUGAGCGCCGGCGAGGAUGGGCCCCCGGGGCGCGGCCCGGACGGCGCGCCGCCGCCGGUGCUCGUGGGCGUGUUCGGCGGGGCGGGGGCAUGCUCGCUGGCCGCCCGUGGCCUCGUCGGCCACCUGCGGCUGCGCGGCGCGUGCGGCGCGGGCGCGCCGCCGGGCGGCGGAGAGCUGGGCGGCCUGCUGCAGCGGCUCGGCGGCCUGGAGCUGGUCUACGGGGAGGAGGAGAACGUCCUGUACCUGUGCCUCGAGUCGGCGACCUCGCCGCAGGGCCACCUCUGGGAGGACCUGGCCGGCAAGGGGGACGCCGCGUUCCUGGCCGGCUUCGGCAGCUCGGAGAUCGCCCAGAUGACAGACUUGGUGCUGCUGUUCAACGUCUGCAGCCUGGUGCUCUGGCUGUGCCCUGGGGCAGCCCCGCGGGUGGACGCCGCAGCCUUGCGCGUGCUCUCCAAGCUGCACGACAUCAUGGUCCACCCACAGCUGGCGCCAGCCUUGGCGGAGAGGCCGGGGCCGAGGACGCCCCCAGUCCUCCUCCUGGUCUACGCCGACGUCAGGUUCCCCUUCCUGGACGACGACGGUCCAGCUCGCACUCCAGCGCCCCGUCACCUGGCGGAGGGCGCGGAGAGAGCCCUGGACGCUAAGUGGAGGGCGCGCCUGGAGCCGCAAUUCCACGACGGCCAGAGGGGCCCGCUGUGCCGCCUGCACCGGCCCUGCGCCGCGGUGGUGCCGGGGCCCUUCCCGACACUCGGGCCCGAGGAGGUGCUCGAGCUCGGGCAGGAUGAGGAGGGCUUGCGCCUGGGUGCGCACCCGUGCGCGAGGGACGCAGGAGACGCGGCGGCCACGCUCGCCGGCACACAGUGGCCCAUGGACCACUUACGCGCGCGGGUGGUCGAGGUGCUCGGCAGGUUCCGCGCGGAGCUGCGCGAGGAGGCACCCGCGCUGGAGGGCCUGCUGGCGAGCGCGCGGCAGCUGGACAUGCGCAUCAGGCAGGCGCUGGAGCCCUGCGGCCUCCUGCCCCCGGGGCUGGCCGCCAUCGUCGCCGGCGCGGGCGGGAGCGCCCCCGCGGGAGCCAGGAUCGGCGGCAACCCCGCUGGGAGUGCCCCGCAGGGCGAGCUGGCCGCGUCGCUGUGCCGGUGGGCGUAUUGCGAGCUUCUUCUCUCCUUGGGCUCCUCGCAGACGGGCAUCGUGGAGGGCCUCAAGGCAUACCGCAGCAGCCUUCAAAAGCGAGGGGCUUGCACCGCGGAGGCGCGCCCGGCA